GGACUUUUUGAAUAUUACCACCCUUAUUAAUCAUAAAGAUAAUACCAAAAAGUCUGAUAAGACUCUGCAAGCCAUUCAGCGAGUAGGACAAGCCGUCAACUUGGCAGUUGGAAGAUUUGUUAAAGUAGGGGAAGCUAUAGCCAAUGAAAACCGGGAUUUGAAAGAAGAAAUAAAUAUUGCCUGUAUUGAAGCUAAACAAGCAGGAGAAACGAUCGCAGCACUGACAGAUGUAAGCAGCUUGAGUCGCCCAGAAUCUGGAGGCCAGAUCACAAUUUUUACAGACAAAACAGGAGUUAUAAAGGCUGCGAGAUUACUUCUUUCUUCAGUGACAAAAGUGUUGCUGCUGGCAGACCGAGUGGUCAUCAAGCAGAUAAUAACAUCGAGAAAUAAGGUUCUUGCAACUAUGGAAAGACUGGAGAAAGUGAACAGCUUUCAAGAGUUUGUCCAAAUAUUCAGUCACUUUGGAAAUGAAAUGGUGGAGUUUGCACAUCUCACUGGAGAUAGACAAAAUGAUCUAAAAGAUGAAAAGAAAAAGGCAAAGAUGGCAGCAGCGAGGGCCGUCCUUGAAAAGUGCACCAUGAUGCUGCUCACAGCCUCAAAGACGUGUCUCCGGCAUCCCAACUGCGAAUCUGCCCAUAAAAACAAGGAAGGGGUAUUUGAUCGAAUGAAAGUGGCACUGGAUAAGGUCAUUGAAAUUGUGACUGACUGCAAACCCAGUGGAGAGACUGACAUUGCAGCUAUCAGUAUUUUCACCGGAAUUAAGCAAUUCAAGAUGAAUAUUGAGGCUCUUCGGGAGAAUCUGUAUUUUCAGUCGAAAGAGAACCUGUGUGCGACGCUGGAGGCGGUCUUGGAGCGCACGGAGGACUUCACGGACUCUGCCUACACCAGCCACGAGCACAGGGAGCGCAUCCUGGGGCUGUCAGCGCAGGCGAGGGCGGAGCUCCAGCAGCUGACGUCUGUGUGGGUCCAGGCUCAAAGCAAGAGAACCAAAAGCAUCGCCGAAGAGCUGGAACUGAGUAUAUUGAAAAUCGGUCAUGGCCUCAAUGAACUUAAGAAGGAACUUCACAGCACAGCGACCCAGCUGGCGGCGGAUCAGCUGAAAUACCACGCUGAUCACGCGGUCCUCAAAGCAUUAAAACUUACUGGAGUGGAAGGGAAUUUAGAAGGUCUGGCCGAAUAUGCCUGUAAAUUCUCAGAACAGAAAGAACAGCUUGUCGAGACCUGUCGAUUGCUGCGACACGUAUCAGGGACAGAACCUCUUGAAAUAACCUGCAUCCAUGCAGAGGAGACGUUUCAGGUGACUGGCCAACAGAUAAUUUCUGCUGCUGAAACUUUGACAUUGCAUCCAUCUAGUAAAAUUGCUAAAGAAAACCUAGAUGUGUUUUGUGAAGCUUGGGAAUCCCAAAUUAGUGACAUGUCAACGUUGCUAAGAGAAAUCAACGACGUGUUUGAAGGAAGACAAGGAGAGAAGUAUGGCUACCUUUCACUUCCAAAGCCAAUGAAGAAUAGCACGAACCUGAAGUCAUUAAAGCCAGACAAGUCCGACUCUGAGGAGAAAGCCAAGAUUGCAAAGCUUGGGCUUAAGCUGGGUUUGCUCACCUCCGAUGCCAACUGCGAGAUCGAGAAGUGGGAGAAUCAGGAGAAUGAGAUUGUUCGAUACGCACGGAGCAUGUCCAGCUCGGCCUACUCGCUGUAUUUAUUCACCAGGGGAGAGGGGCCACUGAAAACUUCUCAGGAUUUAAUUCAUCAACUAGAGGUUUUUGCUGAAGAGGGCUUGAAGGUUGCUUCAAGUGCACAAGCUUUCUCAAAACAGCUGAAAGAUGAUGACAAGCUCAUGCUUCUCCUGGAAAUAAACAAGCUAAGUCCUCUUUGCCACCAGCUCCAGACAAUAACUAAGACUCCUUUGCAGAGUCAAGUGUUUCUGAAGGUUGAUAAAUGUAUUACAAAGACAAGAUCCAUGAUGGCUAUUUUGGUCCAGCUUCUCUCACUUUGCUUUAAACUGCAGAAGAAGCUUCAGAUGGAAAACAACAGAUGGGCCUCAGUCACAAAUAAAGACUCCUUGGAUGGUAAAACUUGAGAAGUUUCUGAGGGCAGAUCUCCGGAACACCAUAUGGCAAAGCUGACAUUUUUAAAAGCAAAGAUCCUUUAUAUUUUUUGAAAUUCAAUAAUUUUAUAAAGAAAACACUGAAAUCCUGCUUUAUUUUCUGAUCAUGAAACUGGAUUGUUGCUUUUUGACAGCUAAUAAAUGCUAUGGUAGUUGCUAGAAUUCUAAUUGCAGUGUGAUUUUAAAAUGAGACAUUGCCACCAAUAUUGUUCUUUAAAAGUCAAGCCAAAUAUCCCAACUGUCUUAAUGACAGUUUAAUCCAAAGAAGCUAUUUUGAAUGUAUGCUCACCUUUGGCAUAUUUACCUGCCCCUCUUCCGUCUUUUAUUUAAGCUUAUCACCUAGAACACUAAUUUUCAGCAGAAAAUACACAGUAGUCUGGUUGAAAGCAGUUUUCCUUAAGCCUGUGGACUCUUCAAUCCCUCUGUCCAAGUGUGACCUGGCCUCUUGGCCACCCACUGUCAUAGAUCAUCCAUGCAAAUUGCACACAUCUGUUUUCUAACAAGCAUUUCACAUAGUGCAGGCCAUCUGUUGUGAUGCAGAUCCCUCUCCCAUCCCCAAAAGCAGGGUCAUGGAGCUCACUCCAAGGAACCCUGGAGGAACUCACUAGGAGAUGGCUUUUAGUUGUAGUUCUAGCAGAGCUGGCCUGUCUGCCCUGAACACUAGCUGGAAUCCUAAACCUAACUUACUGGCUUCAAAAAAGUAGUUUUUGAACUGUCUUCAGUAGUGACUAAUGGAAUGGAAGAUGGAAGACAGAAAAUGAUAGAACUAAGAAGCUGUUUAAAAUAAAUUUUGAAUAAUCGUACAUUUUA